AUGAAUACAGCACCAAUACAUAAUGUCCUUACAAAUAAAUAUCUAUUUAAAAAGAUAAUAUUAUCAUUACCAACCUAUUCGAUAUUACCAAAUAAUCCACAACAUCUAUCAUUAAAUGCUAAAGUACAACAAACAGGUUGGAGAUGUAGAUCAUAUCAUUAUCAAAAGUUAUCAGAGUUAUUAGAUGUCGGUUAUUACUCUUUGAUUUUAGAUCGUAUUAAAUCGGGUAGCAUCAGCAUCACUAAUGAUUGUAUUAGAACACUGGUAAAAUCAUCGUUGAUCUCUGACCAGCUAUUUGAAUCGAUCUAUCAGUUGAAGCAAUGGAUGUUUGUCAAUGAAGAUCUAUUGUUUUGUGCAGUGGAGAGUGGUCAUCUUGAGCGAGUGAAGCUGUUUGCACAACAAAGUUAUCCUGUCAUUCAGAGUAGACAAACCGUUAAAAUAAGUAUAGCACAUCAUGCUUGGCAGUGUCUUCAAUUCGAGAUCUACAACUAUCUAGUUAAACAUGUUUGUAAAGAUAAUGGUGAAGCGAUGGGAGAUCUCUCUCCGGGGUCUAAAUCCAAAUUACUUUUAGAUAACAUUUCAAAGUUGGAGAAUUUCGAUUAUCUAUACGAGAUAUUAGAUGCUUCACCCAAUGAUAAUACACUCUACCCAAUCAAAUUGCUAUUACUGCAAAGCAAUCGAUACAAGGUUUCAAAGGAGCUGCUAGUUAAAGUCAAUGGACUACAAGUGAUUCAAAAGAUGUUUCCACCGUUUGAAUUCAGUGAUCAAUUCAUUGAACAUCUAUUUCAAAGUUUAGAGUGUUCAGAGUAUCACUUGAAGGUACUUGAUAAAAUAGCAAAAGGAUUACCAUUGGAUACGAUGAAGAAAGAGAUAAAACAAUCACUCUCUGAAUCGUUGGAAACAUUGAAACGAUUUAAUAUCAAGUUGGAACAAAGUGUUUUGGAUCAUCAAGAAUCAUUUGAAUUCUAUGUCUUGCUAUUCAAAGCUUUGGUUAAAACACUAACAAGAUAUCGUCCGAUUUUCGAAAUGAAUGUCUAUCAGGAUUUUUGUAUCAAACUCAUUAAAAGUAGUGGUUUGGUUGGAUUACCGAUUGUUCUUGGCCUUGGUUUAUCACCAAGUCAUCAGUGCAACCAUUUUGUCAAAUAUGGUACAUUGGAACAAGUGAAAUUGGCAAGAGAAAUUUCACUUUCAAGUUAUAACUAUCAUUUCGUCAAGACAUGGGUAAUUGAAAGUUUUAAAAAUCAAGAUGACAAUAUAUUCAACAUCUUUGUUGAACAAUAUGGUUAUGAUACUAUUGCUUCGCAAUUCGAUGCGCUAUCUACUCAAUCUCUAUCCAUUAGCUCUUUGGAAAAGUUAACACUUUGUCAUAGAAUCGAUCCGUCGCUUCAACACAUUAAUAGAGAUUCAUCAUUGAAUAUACGAUCGAUGAACACUGAAUAUGUAAAUUAUCUCAUGACUUUAUCGAUGCAACUAGGAGUAGCAAGUGACUCAUUUCUUUUCAACUAUUUGGUGGAUGUUACUUACUAUUCGGAUCAAAUAGAACAUUUCAAAACAAUAGUUACAAAAGAAAUAGGAUGUAACCAUUUGAGCGCAUUACUGGAUUCAGCCAUCAAGUCAUUGAAAUAUCAAUAUAUAAGUUAUAUCAUUUCAAUAGAUUCAAAGAUUUUGGAGAAAUCCAUUGAAACAGUUGCAUUGGUAGGAGAUAUUGGUGUUUUGCAAAUGAUCGACCAUCAUCUGUCCAGUAACAAUCAACUUUUAAGUAAAUUAGUAUAUCAUCUUUUGGUAAAUGGUCAAUUCUCAUUAUUGGAAUACUGUAAAGAGCAAUACAGAGAUAGUACAAUCAAUAUAUCUGAGCAUAUGACAUCGAUCAUUCAAUUUGGUAGAUUGGAUAUCAUUAAAUAUUAUAUCAAUCAUUGUCAACAAGAAAUGGAAACAACAACAACGCUACAUGAGAUCACCAAGGAAUCAAUAACAUCAGGACAACUAGAGAUAUUCAAAUAUUUAAUAGAGAAUGUUGUAUCAAUCGAUAGAGCACAACAAAUUUGGCGAUCAAUGUUCACAGAACAGAAUCUAAAGAGUUUAUUAAACAGUAAAUUCGCUAUACCAAUGUUAACCUAUGCAAUUAGUCAUGAUGCUACACUUGAACUGACCGAAAGAAUUAUCAUAUCAGCUAAAAAGAAAUCAAAAUAUAAUUUAAUUGAUAAUUAA